AUGACUCAACCCCACAAAUGUGCUGCUGUCGUCGUGGGAGCCGGUCCGGCCGGUCUGGCCGUGAUGGGGAAUCUCCUGGAGAAACAACUUGGAGGGAAGAUUGCCUGGGUCGACCCGUUCUUCCAGGGUGGCCGAAUCAACCGCAAAUACCGCGAGGUUCCUAGCAACACCAAAGUGUCCUUUUUCCAGGCGUACGCCACGGCCGUUCAGCCGUUCCGCACCGUCAUCAACAACACUCGCAUCCCCAGUCCAUUUUCGACCAUGGCCAAACUCGAUCAGGAUAAAACUUGUCAUUUGCACCAUGCGAUAGAUGUGGUCCGGGCUCUUACCGAUGGUAUUAACAAAAUGGACCGUGUUCUGCCAUGCCGAGGGGUUGUCACAGCUGCCAAUCUGGCAGAGAAAACUGCUACCUGGACCGUUCGAAUCAGGUUUCAGGAUUCACAGGAUGAAGUCGAGGUGCUGACGUCUCGACUCGUCUUCUGUACCGGGUCGUCCCCUACCGAGGCUCCCAUCUCCGUCCCGGGACACGACAUCGAGAGGCUAGACCUAGAUGUAGUGUUGAAGCCUAGUGACCUGGUGUCCUAUCUCCCCCAGGAUACGCCCUUGACCGUCGCUGUAGUGGGCGCCUCUCAUAGUGCCAUCCUAGCCCUUCUCAACCUGAUAGAUUUGGCCCGCAGUUCUCACCCCGAGCUCCGUAUCAAGUGGUUCACCCGCCAUCCCCUCCGGUAUGCCGAGUUCAUGGACGGUUGGAUCCUCCGGGACAACACCGGGCUCAAGGGCUCCGUGGCCGACUUUGCUCGCCAGCAACUAGAAGACGACAAACUGCCCCAUUCCGAGGCCGGACGGUUCAUCACCAAGGUGGACUGCGGAAGGGGGCAAGAGCAGGCACAGUUCGAGCAGCAUCUGCCCUCAUGCUCGCACGUGGUGCAAGCCAUUGGAUUCACGCGGGACCCGCUCCCUGAGCUGUCCGUCAACGGCUUCUCAUUGGAGCCCGAGUUCGACUCGGUCUCGGGCGGCUUUCGCGACGGCAACGGCCGCGUUGUCCGGGGGUUGUACGGCGCGGGAAUCGCGUUUCCGGAGCGGGUGGUCGAUCCGUAUGGCAACGUCGAGCACGCGGUCGGGUUCUACAAGUUCAUGAAUUUCCUGAAGCGGGUGUGUCCGCAGUGGACGUCGUAG